AUGGGAGCGGCUGGUAUCGACAUGGAUGAAGGAGCUCUCGAGAUCGGAAUGGAGUACAGAACUGUCUCUGGUGUUGCUGGACCUCUAGUCAUCCUUGAGAAAGUGAAGGGGCCAAAGUACCAGGAGAUUGUUAAUAUCCGUUUAGGUGAUGGAUCAAUGAGACGUGGUCAGGUCUUGGAAGUUGAUGGAGAGAAAGCUGUUGUCCAGGUUUUUGAAGGAACAUCUGGAAUUGACAACAAAUUUACCACCGUUCAAUUCACAGGAGAGGUUUUGAAAACACCUGUAUCACAAGACAUGCUUGGACGCAUAUUUAACGGCUCAGGAAAGCCAAUUGAUAAUGGUCCUCCUAUUUUGCCAGAGGCAUACCUUGAUAUUUCUGGUGAUUCAAUCAACCCCAGUGAACGAACCUACCCUGAAGAGAUGAUACAAACAGGGAUUUCUACCAUUGAUGUUAUGAACUCUAUCGCUCGUGGGCAGAAAAUUCCUCUUUUUUCUGCUGCUGGUCUACCUCAUAACGAAAUCGCUGCUCAAAUUUGUCGUCAGGCUGGUCUUGUUAAGCGGUUGGAAAAGACUGAGAACCUAAUUGAGGAUCAUGGAGAGGACAACUUUGCAAUUGUUUUUGCAGCUAUGGGUGUAAACAUGGAGACAGCUCAGUUCUUCAAGCGUGAUUUUGAAGAAAAUGGAUCAAUGGAAAGAGUUACUCUUUUCCUGAACCUGGCAAAUGACCCGACCAUCGAGAGAAUUAUCACUCCUCGAAUUGCCCUCACAACCGCAGAGUAUUUAGCUUAUGAAUGUGGGAAGCAUGUGCUUGUUAUAUUGACAGAUAUGAGUUCUUAUGCAGAUGCUCUUCGUGAGGUCUCUGCUGCUCGAGAAGAAGUACCUGGAAGACGUGGAUAUCCGGGUUAUAUGUAUACAGAUCUUGCAACUAUUUAUGAGCGUGCAGGGCGUAUUGAAGGAAGAAAGGGUUCCAUUACCCAAAUCCCUAUCCUGACUAUGCCCAAUGACGACAUCACUCACCCUACUCCGGAUCUUACUGGUUACAUUACUGAGGGUCAGAUAUAUAUUGACAGGCAACUUCACAACAGACAGAUAUAUCCACCCAUCAACGUGCUUCCAUCACUAUCUCGGUUAAUGAAGAGUGCCAUUGGUGAAGGAAUGACUCGCCGUGACCAUUCUGAUGUGUCCAACCAGCUAUACGCAAACUAUGCAAUCGGGAAGGAUGUUCAAGCCAUGAAAGCUGUAGUUGGAGAAGAAGCUCUUUCUUCUGAGGAUCUGGUACCUCUUUUUACUCAGAUCACUUUCAUGUUCAUAUCAAAUACUGACAACAACGAUAAUAACUCAGCUUCUUGUGGUGUGGUUAUGCAGCUGUAUUUAGAGUUUCUGGACAAAUUUGAGAGGAAGUUUGUGAUGCAAGGAGCAUACGAUACAAGAAACAUCUUCCAGUCACUUGACUUGGCAUGGACACUUCUCCGUAUCUUCCCUCGUGAGCUUCUUCACCGUAUCCCAGCCAAAACACUUGAUCAAUUCUACAGCCGCGACUCCACAAACUAA